AUGUAUAUAUAAGAUGAAAAUAAUAGUUGGAUUGUAUUUAUUUUACUGCAAUAUUAGUUGCGGAGAUGUAAUAUAGAUAAUCUAAAUAACAUUUAGGUUAUUAAAUCACAUCAUAUUACUAAAUAGAAAGCGUUCUAAUAGAAUAUAAAUAGAGAUCGAUAAAAUUUGAAGUAUAGUUCAAUUAGCAAUUACCUUAAAGAUAGCUAUUUUAGACUCCAUAGCAGUUGGAGAAUUUAUUAAUGUAAAACUAUUAAAAAUAGUUAUAGAAAUAAUUAGCCUUAAGAGAUUAUAUAGAGUUUAUAAAUACCAUACAAGAAGAUUAGAGAAUUUAAAAGAGUUAGAGAUGCGUUUAAAUUUAGUUUCGUUAUUUUAAAAGGUUGGAUAUUCAUUACUAAGUCAAGACAAAAUCAUAAAUAUAAUUAUGAUCGAUAGUUUGAACCAAUAAAGCUAUUAAUUUUUUAGUUGAAAUUAGAUUUGGUCUAUUUGAUAAAGUUAGGCCAUUAUUCAUUUUUUUUGGAAAGUCAUGCGACAAGCAUCCUUAAAUAACUCAAAAUAAGAUAUCAUAUAUUAUUUGUAAUUUACUAUUAUUGA